AGCCACUUAGCUUGUGUAUGUCUUCAGAAGACUUUUCUAAAUUUCAGAACAUGGCUCAAAAUGAUAGUAAUCGGCCAAAACCUCGAACAUUCAGUCCGUAUGCUGUGGACAGCGUAGAAGAUGGCUCUGGGGGUCAGGAGCUGAGUUCUUUUAAAGGCAGCUAUCCAAAUCCUGCGUAUGAGAAUUGCGGCGAUCUUUCUCACCAAUAUGAAGACCCAACUCGACUCUUAGAGGUGCAAUCGAUAAAUAGGGGCGCUCGAAGGAAGCGCAAUGAGUUAUAUGAGCCAACAGAACUGAGAAAACCGACAGAACCAGAAGAAGAAGGGGUGGAUUACAACGAAACCGACAUCGGUGGAGAUUCCUUGCUGAGUCGGUUGAUCUUAUUUCUCAUUUUGAUAGUUUCGCUGGUAUCACUCCUCAUGGUUGUUUUAAUCAUUCUUGGCAAAGUUGGUCCAAGCUGCUCUUGUAAAAAGAAUUCUGCUCAAGGUAAGCGGCUGGUUUUAAGUUUUUGCUGUUAAAACAAUUUUCAUCAGUCGUGACUUUAUUUCGCGAAGUCAGUGUUUUGAAACUUGUUGAAUAGAGCUGGGAAUGUUAUUGUUCUGAAAGCAGCUCUAACUUGUGCGUGUACACGUAAUGAAGACUUUAUACGAUCAUUUUUCGUUUACACUUAACUCGUAGUACUUCCAAAAAUUGGAUGUUUCAUCGGCAACAUUUUACAAAAAGUGCUAAUGCAAGUUCUUUUACUUUCGUAAGCCAUGUUGUUUUGAUCAUCAGACGGUAAAUAUCCCGUUGAGUACUUUACAUUUUUUAAUUCUUUACUCAGUAACUCGAAAGAGGAAUAAUUAUCUCUAUUACAAAGAAAACGAGGAUGCGAAA